AUGGAUGUGAGGGCAGCCCACUACCUUCUCCUUUGGGCUCUGUAUUUCCCGGCUGCAUCACGCACUGCUCUCAGGCUAAGUAAAAAAUCAAAGGCUGAUAAUCAACAAGAUAGCUGUGUAAAUCUCCUUCCCUGCAAAGAUAAUGGAGCUAUUUGUAUCCAGCCUUGUUCCCCCUCCUUCCAUGGGGAGAGAAGCUUUGUGUUGGAAGACAGAAAAUGGCAAAUGUUCACAGAUGACUCUGCAAGCCUGGAUAUUCAAUCCCUUUUUCAGAGGAUUUCUGAAUGUGAACUCCUUCCAAGCUCUGGAGGGCAUGUUGCUGGAGGAUACCUUCCUUUUGGAAGGGAAGGAAAGCCAGUGCAUGGGAAGCCUGGAGAUGGAGCAAAAUAUUUUGGUGCUGCUGACCCUGGGAAUAGUAACUGCCAAGCUGAUUUUUCAUGCAUCAUCCCAGAUAUCCUGUCUUCACCAGCCAUUCCAGGAAACAUUGCUGACAUAGUGGAAUUGCUAAAGAUUUCCCUGCUGCUAUCAGAGAAUGUCAGUAGAGGAAAAAUGCAGGUAUUUACUUUUAUGGGCUUUAAGAGCCACUAUUCAAUGAAAAGGGUAUCAUGUCAAACCAUGACACCAAACCAUGACAUCGUUCCACAAUAAGAGCUUUUGAAGUUACCCAAGGCUUCCAAAGCCAUCAGCAUUUCGUUUCCAACACUUGGAGCCAUUCUGGAAGCCAAUCGGUUAGACCCUGUGCUUGUGAAUGGGAUGGUGUCGUCAGUGUCUCUGCCAGAAGAGCUACAGCAUCUUUUGCUUGUCUUUGAAAAGGUGUCUAAGCUGGAGAAUGUCAAGGCCCAGUGCGUCGGGUGGCAUUCCACCGAGAGGAGAUGGGAUAACAGGGCAUGCCAAGUGAAGUCUGACAACAUCAGCAGUGUCAUUUGCAUCUGCAGAUAUCACUGCCGGAUCUUCAAGUCCUCCUCCAUUUUGACGUCUCCCGCUGUGCUGCAAAACGCGGUGCUGGAUUACAUCACCCGUGUGGGGUUAGGCCUCUCCAUUUUCAGCUUACUUCUCUGCCUGGUCAUCGAGGCUGUUGUCUGGCGUCAUGUUACAAAGACUGCCAUAACCUACAUGCGCCAUUUCUGCUUGGUCAACAUCACCGCUUCACUUCUCACUGAUGUUCUGUUCAUCGUAGCAGCCAUUGUGCACAAUACAGCCCUGAAGUACCAGUUGUGUGUAGCAGACACUUUUUUCCUUCACUUUUUCUAUCUUGCCUUGUUUUUUUGGAUGUUCACCCUGGGCCUCUUGUUUCUCUAUGGACUAUUAUUUGGGUUUUUUAAGAUAACAAGAUCUGUAUUUGUAGCUACAGCAUUCUCAAUUGGCUAUGAAUGUCCCUUGGUCAUAUCUAUCCUCACUGUUGCUAUUACUGAACCUAAAAAUGGAUAUUUAAGGAGUGGAGCCUGUUGUCUUAACUGGUAUGAGAUGAAAGCCCGUUUGGCCUUUGUUGUACCUGCUCUGAACAUCAUUGUUGUGAAUGUGGUGGUGGUGGUGGUGGUGGUUGUGGUGGAGACUGGGAGACCCUCUGUUGGAGAAGGCUGCAAGUCACAAGAUUUGAGCAACGUGAUCCGAAUGAGCAAAAAUGUGGCCCUUCUGACACCUCUUCUGGGUCUCACCUGGGGGUUUGAACUAGCAACGGUCAUCUGCAGUCGUUCUAAGGCAUUCCAUGUCACCUUUGCAAUUUUUUAGGGCUUCUUCAUCCUGUUGUUUGAAACGCUUCUGGACAGAAAAACAAGAGAAUCCUUAAGGAUGAACUGCCUUUCAUCAAAGCAAAGCCCAAAAUCCCAAUCUGUCCUGCAAGAUGAUGAUGGAGGCAAACAAGAAAGAGCACUCUGCAAAUAA